UUUAAAGGGAGACUGUUACAAUAAAAAUACAUUUUAACACGAGAUGGUCAGUUUUAAUAAUAAAAUCCCAUUUUUGAAAAAUAUGAUACUCAAACCUCCAUUAGGUGGCGGCAAAUCACAGUUCAAUUAAUAAGUCGUGAAAUCAUUCCCUUCGCUCAAAAGGAUUUAAAAAUAGAUAAAAAAAAAUGUAUUUGCCCAGUGGCGCUCUUCCUUUGGUAUUGCUUAUCUAUGUAUAGUUUUUAAAAACUCAUAUAGCCAGGCAUAAGGUGCUUAUGAGAAAACUAUGAACUGCUCGAACAAACAAACAUGGCGUCCUCGUGCAGUCUCAUGAUGACACGGGUGCUUUUAAAAGCAGGUGAGUUACACAGUCACAAAAUAAAGCACAUACCCUAUUUUCAUUGUCUGAGCAUGUUAGCGGAUUACCGCAGAUAUAUUUGGUCGUGAUGAGUCAUGCUCAAAAACACUAACAGCUCAGCCGACUAUAACGUGACAGUGUUUGGGGUCAUUGUUAGCGCUGAAUCAUAAUAGAUGUUAUUCCCUGCGAAACACGAUUGCUGUAAACGCUCGAUUUUUUAAUAUCAAGUGACUACUGAACAUAGUCAUAACAUGUUAAAAUGCGUAUAUCUUGACUGGAGAAACAUAAGGAUGCUGAAAUUGUUUUGUGAAGACUGUACACUGAGCAGCAGUUCAGCUGGUGAUUGGAAUUACCCCGAAAGGUCGUCGAAGGUCAAGGCAUCUUAAAAUGAAGUAGGUCCUCUUAUCAUGUCAUUGGAGGUCGAGCAUUAACCCAGAGCUUCCUCUCAUUGAGUGUGACGUAGCUGGAGGUAAAGAGCUGGAUUCCUCAGGCUUCAGCCAAUUAUUGAACUAAGUCACUAGACUAGAUAUAUUUAGUUUGUCUGAUGUCAUUCAGCCUUUAAAGUGAAAGCUCCUUAAACUGUGUCGAUGUGAAAAGGAAUAAUAUUUAAAGACAAAAUACACAGCUAAUUUUCUGUAUGGGUUGCCAAUUUAAACAAAAGGCAAAACUACCCAACAAAAUGUACAAAAUGAAAAUAUACUAUCCAAAAAUAAUAUUUUUGAUAGUAUUUUAUAUUAGAUUCACACUUGAUUUGGCAGAUUUUUAGGUAAACGUAAACCAGGUUAUAUUCAGAAAAACGCUUAUCGCUUCACUUUCCUUUUAAUUAGGUGUCCAACCCUCUCUGGGAUGACAAAAAUAUCAGUUAAUAAAUAUCAAAACAUAUACAUUAAUUUCCAGACAUUCAGAUUUCUUUUAUUUACAAAAGGUGUCAGUAAAGACGUUCACAUUUAUUUUACAAGUAAAUGCUUUAUAUUCAUCAUCCUGAAAAGAAAGCAUCGUGGUUUCCACAAACAUAUGAAGCAGCAUAACUCUUUUCAACCUGCAAAUCAACAUUUAUUAGCUUGACGUCACAGGAAUAAAUGAGAUUUUAAUAUAUUAAAAUAGAAAACGAUACAUUCGGAUUGUGAAGAUACUUUAUACUUUUACAGUUUUACUGUAUCAAAUAAAUACAGCCUUGGUAAGCAUUUACUUUAACAAACAUUAAAAAAUCUUACAGACCUCGUUUAUUAGUCUGGAAAAACAUUUUAAUAGUGAAUAACAUCCUUAUUCUCUUUUCAAGCACUGCCUUGCUGAAUUUGGUAACACCAAAUACGUAAGGGCUGGCGUAAACUCUACAAAGCUCAUUUUGGCUGUACAAUCAGUUUCUGGGUAAGCAUUGGGAGGCGCGCCGCGAGUAGGCUAUUAGCGCACAGACUCUUAGGAAAUUGCUGCGGCUUCACGUGGCACGUGCGCACAUCACUAUCCCUCUAAAGACGGGGCACUUUAGCAGAUCGGGGCGGGCCGGGACAAAGAGAGGGACUGGGGGAGGAGGGUUAAAGAGGAGGAGGUAUAGUGUGAUAGGACUCAAACACUUCUGACCGCAGAAGAGAGCGGCCGGACAAAUCCACCGAGGGAAGGACAGCUCUGAAGUGAGGAGAAACUAAGAGCCGAGGAGGCCGAGUUAGUUUUGCAGACCGAACUGUCCUCCAGCCGUCAGAAGUGCGCGCGUGUCAGACCAUGGCACCGCAGGUCGUCAGCUCACCCUUCCUGAAGCCCUUCUUUCUGAAGACACCUCUUAGCGUUGCCAGUCCUCGACGCCAGCGACGACACACGUUACCCGCCAGCGAGUUUCGAAAUCUCACCCCACAGGACGCCAUUAGCGUGUUUGAGAUAGAGAGAGAAGCAUUCAUCUCCGUUUCCGGUGAAUGUCCGCUCACGCUUGAUGAGGUGCUUAGUUUCCUGGGCCAGUGUCCCGAGCUCUCGAUGGGAUGGUUUGAAGAGGGUCAGCUGGUGGCCUUCAUCAUUGGAUCUGGCUGGGACAAAGAGAAACUAGAACAGGAGGCCUUGACCACACACGUCCCAGACUCUCCCACGGUACACAUCCACGUGUUGUCUGUGCACCGCCACUGUCGGCAGCAGGGCAAAGGCUCCAUCUUGCUUUGGCGAUACCUGCAGUACCUGCGCUGUCUCCCCGGGUCACGCCGGGCCCUGCUGGUCUGCGAAGAGUUCUUGGUGCCUUUCUACCAGAAGGCUGGCUUUAAGGAGAAGGGUCCCUCGGCCAUCAACGUGGGGGCUUUGACCUUCACAGAGAUGGAGUAUCAGCUCGGAGGCCUGGCUUAUGCACGACGAAACAGCGGAUGUUAAUUUCUGUAGCUCAUUUUAUCCUGAUUCGGGACACCAUGCGUAGAUUCUGGACAGCUCUCGGCAAUCACUGGCUCAAAGCCCUUCCAGCUCCUGAGCAAGAACCAGAGACUUACCUAUGCACUCAUUUAAAGAGAUCGAACCAGUUACAUUUGGGUAUACGAAGGUUAAAGGUGUUGGUUGUUUGCUGCGUUUUUUUCUUGUGUACUGCCCAAGAUACACUGCACACUUUACUGGUCAAAAAACAGUGGCUGUUUUUAACGAUUUAAUGAGGAUUUUGUUCUUUGGAAAACCAUAUUCAUUAAAAAAAACAAUUUGUUGUUGAUGAAUACAAAAUAUAUUAAUUUUAAUCAAAUUUAACAUUCUUCUGUAAAAAAAACAACAAAAAACAUUCAAAAUGUUAGGUCAGAAAAAUAAUAAAAUAAUUUAAAAUUUGAAAAUUGUAUUUUUUAUAUGUUCCCAACUCUUGGUUUGCAAAUGGACAAUGAAAUGUUGAUUUUUUUAUUGUUGUAGAAUAAAACCUUUCUGCAUUUGUGACGAUGUGCUUUGGAAAUGCAAACUAUGUAUACAGUGUAUGAACUGAUGUAAACUUUAACGUUCUCUGUGGCAUUAGUCAUACUCUCAUGCAUAACUAAUCAAUAAAAAUACAAAUCUAACAACAAAGCUAUAUUUUUGUCAUGUGUAUUUUUCUAUGCACAGUGGUUGAGAAAACAUUUCAGUAACACUUUACAAUAUAGUCAGAUGCUGAUUGCAGCUGACGAUACUGACGCAUACAACUUUUGAUUUCAAUCAUGUAUUAGUAAAUGUUGAAAAUAACAUUAAGAUUGAGCUUUAGAAGUAUUUCUCAUUUUUACUGUAGUUUAAUGUUAACAAAUGGAACCUUAUUGUAAAGUGUUACCAGCAUUUCAUUGGGUUUAUGGAUACAUAUUGUUAUUAUCCUUGGUACUGUAGUACCGUAGUAAAUUUUGUUCCAAAACUGGUCAGAAGGGUUUAGUAUGGAAGUCUGUUUCCACCUCAGAGUUAAUAAAAGUCAGAAAAUUUUAAGUAAUAAAGCCACAUUGUGAGAUUUAAAGCGAUAUAAAGUCACAAUUAUGAGAAAUUUGCUACUUUAACAUUUUUGCUAAGUUAAAAUUUUGAUCUGAAGUCACAAUUGGGAAGGUAUAAUGUCGCAAAUUACAAGAUAAAAUGUUACAAUUGUGAGAUAUGAAGAUAUAAAAUUGUAAUUGUGCGAUAUAUUGCGACGUCAUGAAAAAUGAUGAGAAAUAAAGUCACAUUGCUACUUAUAAGGUCACAACUGCAUAGUAUUAAGUCACCAUGAGAUAUGAAGGUAUAAGGUACAAUUAUAAAAAAACGUCACAGAGUUACAGAUUACAAGUAACAAGGUUACAGUGUGAGAUAAUAAGCUAUACUGUAAGAAAUGAAGCUGCAGUUAUGAGAAAUUGUCACAUCGCAAUAUACUUUUUGCGAGAUAAUACUGCGAAAUGUAACUUUUGAAAAAUAGUAACUGUGAGAAAAAGUAUUAAUUAUGGGAUAUAAAGUCACAAUUAUGAGAUAUUAAGUCACUGAGAUAAGUUUCAAUUAUGCAA